AUGGAAUACGGCAUGGCGCCCGAACCCAAACAUGUCGACCGCAAGUUGCUCUAUACCAAUCUGGAAGAGCGAAUCAAGUACUUGCACCACAUGCUCGACUUCAACUCCAGCGAUGUCGAGGCACUGAUGAACGGUCACAAGUACAUCAAGCAACUGAUUCCCGCGGUGGUCAACCUGGUAUACAAAAAGCUUCUCGAGUGCGACAUCACAUCACGCGCCUUCCACACACGCACGACCGCCGACGAGACCGAGCCGGAAGAGGACUACCUCCACGAAGAAACACCCCAGAUCAAGCGCCGCAAGAUGUUCUUGCGUUGGUACCUCACCCGACUGUGCCAAGAUCCCACCACAAUGGACUUCUGGCGCUAUCUGAACAAGGUUGGCAUGAUGCACAGCGGGCAAGUGCGCAGAUCCCCUCUGAACAUCGAGUAUAUCCAUCUCGGCGCCUGCAUGGGUUACAUCCAAGACAUUUGGAUCGAGGCGAUGAUGUCGCACCCCCAUCUAUCGCUGCGCCGAAAGAUCGCACUCGUGCGAGCCGUCAAUAAAAUUCUCUGGAUCCAGAAUGAUUUGUUUGCGCGGUACCACUCCAAUGAUGGUGAAGAGUUCUUCGACGAGAUGUCGACGAUGAGCUUCGAUGAUCAGGAGGGAUACAUCGGUGAUAAGAAAAUUCUUGGCAGUACCUCCGGGAGCUCGAAUGACGAUGACCGGUCCAGCAUUUCGAGUGGUCCGGCGCCUUCGACACACAGUGCGGUGCCCUCGACACAGAGUGGAGCGCCGUCGAUACCGUCGCGGGCCGAGUCCAAGACCUCCCUUUGUCCCUUUGCGGAGAUGGGGAAGCAAAACGCGACAGAGACGAAGAUUUGGGCGAAUUGA